AUGAUGUUCAGUGUUUUAAAAAUAGUUUUUACUGUAAACAAUGAUGGUCUGCUCGAUUCAAAUAACUUCCCCUCUGGAGAAAAGUAUGUAUAUUUUAUCUGUUAUCAGUAAACAUUAGAUUAGAUAUCACAAGUGAUUAAUUUGAAAUAUAUUCAGAUUUCCUUACAUUUAAUGAAAUUGUUAUUAUUUAAACGAUUACGCAAUUAAUUUUAUUUGAAAUAGAAAUUUUCAUUAAAUACAAAAUCACUAAAUAUACUUUGCAACAAUCUUUGCAAAAUCAAAUAUUAUUGAAUGUAUAAAAAUGAUGUUACAUGCCUGUAAGGGAUUCAUUAGGUAUUUAUUUUUAUUUUCAUGUAACCAUCUAAAGAUGCUGGUAACGCAAAGGCUUUCUAAAAUUAUUAAUAAAAAAACAUACGCAUACAAAAGUGUUAGUAUACUUUAUUAUAUACAUUCCCCAUACUUGAGGAUAUAUUGGCUUCAAUGGGUAUAUUCACCGUCUGCAAGCAACAAAGGGAAAAAUUUUUAAAAAUAGUUCGAUUUGACCUUCAAAAUGUUGGAAAUAUUUGCACGUGUGUAGCUAGGGUUUAUCGGUUAAUCUCUUGCGUUGGCAACUAGUUCACGGACCAUAACGAGUAACCAAACCGUAUAUAAUAAUUCGUCGCUUUCUUUUCAUCAAACUCGUACAAUAUCACUGAAUAGAAAUUAUUACUAAGAAGUAACAAAUUUAUUAUUUGCUUUGCUUGGGUUAUAUUUAAAUAUAUUUAAAAUUAGAGAAAAUAUUGCAAUUUUGGAAGAAAAAAAUUCUCGAUGUGUGUUGCACGUUAUUCCAGCGCAAGAGGUUAAAGACUUCAAGAAAGAUCGUCCCGGGUACGUUGCUCGUGGGCGACUAACAACACGUGUACAUGUACGUACGCUGUUUGGGGGCUGAAGUAGCACGCGGUUCCCGCGUGUGUGUCGCGUGCAUACCGCGUGAUGCCUGAUACGUGUUGCGUGAUACGUAGGCGCACCUCUCUUUUUGUCCCACCGAGAAUAAAUCGAGAAUCGAGAGGAUCCUUUAUGCAGCUUACUUCUGCAUCUGAUAUAUACAAAUAUAUCUCAAUAUCGUGGCGGGAACGUACGCGUUUCCACCGCUAUGCGGCGCCACUAUUCGCCAGAAUUCAGAAUCGAUAUUUCUGUCGCAAAUCUCGAAACAAACGAUUCGAACGAUUUCGAUAUCGAAAUCUUUAGUCGAUAUUGACCGAUGACACAAUCACAGUCGAAUUUUCAAGUUAUACUUUCGUUAUUUCGUCAGAAUAAUGUCUUAUUUAUAACGAGAAGGAGAAUCGAGACGUUGGACGAAUGAAAUCUCGUAUAACGUGUUAUUAUAGAUGCUCUAAUGUGGAUUGUUUGGCGGUGUUAUUGCACUGUGUUUUGACAUAGGAAACGACAUUCGUAUUUAUUAAUACAGUUCUUAUCAUGUUGCAGCGUCACAAUGUCACGCCUUACGCUAAAGGAGUCGCCGAAUGCAGCCUUAGACAAAACCUUGUUAAAUAAGUAUCUCGACCUGCCUCAACCAGAAAAUCAAAUUCAGGCGAAAUACAUCUGGAUCGAUGGCACCGGUGAGGGUUUGCGAUGCAAGACCAGGACAGUAGAAUUCGUACCGAAACAUCCGUCAGGUCAGUAUUUCCUUACACUUAUGAAAAGAACUGCCGAUAUGGACGUACGAUGGAAGCUCGACGUACCAAGCGGAUGGCGCUAACAGCGAGAUUUAUAUUUGCCCGGUGGCGAUCUACAAUGAUCCAUUCCGUCGUGGAAACAACAAGCUAGUGCUUUGUGAUACCUACUACAGUGAUAUGACCCCGACUACGACAAACAAACGUCUCAAAUGUAACGAGGCUAUGGAAGCCAUUAAGGAUCAAGAUCCAUGGUUUGGAAUUGAACAGGAGUACACGUUCCUUGACUUUGAUGGCAGGCCGUAUGGCUGGCCGAAAAAUGGUUUCCCCAGCCCUCAGGGGCCGUAUUAUUGCGGCGUAGGCGCCAACAAAGUAUACGGUCGCGAAAUCGUCGAAGCGCAUUAUCGAGCUUGCCUUUACGCUGGCGUAAAGAUCGCAGGCACUAAUGCGGAAGUUAUGCCCUCGCAAUGGGAAUUCCAGGUUGGCCCGUGUAGCGGAAUAUCGGCCGGGGAUGAUUUAUGGGUCGCCAGAUUUAUUCUUCAUCAUGUGGCCGAGGAAUAUGGCGUGAUCGUUACUUUAGACCCGAAGCCCGUGGAGGGCUCGUGGAAUGGUGCCGGUGCGCACACGAACUUCUCGACGAAAGCGAUGCGUGCCGAGAACGGUAUUGCCGAGAUUGAGAAAGCGAUCGACAAAUUGAGCAAACAGCAUCUCAGGCACAUCCAGGCGUACGACCCACGCGGAGGGAAGGACAACGAGCGUCGUUUGACAGGGAAAUGCGAGACCAGCAACAUACACGAUUUCAGUGCCGGCGUGGCCAAUCGUAACGUCAGUAUCCGUAUUCCUCGAGGUGUUGCUGAGAGUAAGAGGGGUUAUUUCGAGGAUAGAAGACCCAGCAGCAAUUGUGACCCGUACUCGGUGUGCAACGCAUUGAAGAAGAAGAAGUGUAAUACCUCUUUCGGUACCUGAAAAAACUGAAGGUGCCAUGAUUGUAUGUCGUUAUGAUACGGCUGUUAAUCACGAAAUUUCAUAUAGGCACGACAAAUUAGAAAGUUGA